GUUUCACCGGUGAAUGUCCGUCUGUCACCGCCGAAAAUAUUUAUCAAAAUCACCGUUAAACACCGUCAUUUCGACACAAUUUCAACCAUACUCGCGCUGCGGGUGGCGGAUCUUUCGUUUCACGUCGAUUACACGGAUUUCAUUGACACUGAUCCGUUGGUGAGAGUCUCGCGACCGAACAAACAGAGGCAUUUAAAUCAGGAUCGAGUCUGAACAUGAGCGCGCUUGAGUCGGUGGAUCGAGUUGAGUUGUGUGAAAGUCUCAUGACAUGGAUUCAGACGUUUGGUGUGGAGACGUCGUGUUCAACAGUAGACCAACUCACCAGUGGAGUCGCCAUGGCUCAAGUUCUGCAGAAAAUUGAUGUGAUGUAUUUCACUGACGCUUGGAUCAGUCGUAUUAAACCUGAUGUCGGGGAAAACUGGAGAUUAAAGACCAGUAAUUUAAAGAAAAUAUUGAAAGGUAUUCUGGAUUAUAACCAUGAGGUGUUGGGGCAGCAGAUCACAGAUUUCACUCUUCCAGAUGUGAAUCUCAUCGCAGAACAUGCAGACGCAGCUGAAUUGGGUCGCAUGCUGCAGCUCAUCUUAGGAUGCGCUGUUAACUGCGAACAGAAACAAGAAUACAUCCAGACCAUAAUGAUGAUGGAGGAGUCGGUCCAGCACGUCGUCAUGACAGCCAUCCAAGAGCUGAUGAGUAAAGAGAUGCCCGUGUCCACAGGAAGUGACUCGUACGGUGAGCUGGACAGACAGUUGAAGAAGACCGUGGAGGAGUUGAGCGACGCGUUGGCCAUUAAAGAGGAAAUCUCUCAACGCUGUCACGAGCUCGACAUGCAGGUGGCGGCGCUACAGGAAGAGAAGAGCAGUCUGCUGGCAGAGAAUCAGGUGUUGAUGGAGCGUCUCAAUCAGUCCGACUCCAUUGAGGAUCUGAACAGUCCGGCGGGUCGCAGACACCUGCAGCUGCAGACGCAACUAGAGCAACUGCAGGAGGAGACGUUCAGGCUGGAGGCUGCUAAGGAUGAUUACCGCAUCCGCUGUGAGGAGCUGGAGAAAGAGUUACUGGAGGUCAGAGGUCAGAAUGAGGAGUUGACCUCUCUGGCCGAGGAGGCGCAGUCGCUCAAAGAUGAGAUGGAUGUGCUCAGGCACUCGUCUGAUAAGGUGUCUAAGCUGGAGGCUCAGAUUGAAGUGUACAAGAAGAAGCUGGAGGAUCUUGGAGAUCUGCGUCGUCAGGUGAAGCUGUUAGAGGAGAAGAACACGAGUUACAUGCAGAACACUGUGAGUCUGGAGGAAGAUCUGCGCAAGGCCAACACCGCACGAGGACAACUGGAGACGUACAAGAGACAGGUGCUGGAGCUUCAGAACAAACUCUCGGAAGAGUCCAAGAAAGCAGAUAAGAUGGAGUUUGAGUAUAAACGAGUGAAGGAGAAAGUGGACUCGCUUCAGAAAGAGAAAGACCGUAUGAGGACAGAACGAGACUCUCUGAAGGACACGAUUGAAGAGCUGAACUGUGUUAAAGCUCAAGAGUGUCAGCUGACAUCAGGUCUGGUGCCGCUCGGCAGUAACGAGGCGUCUGAUUCGCUGGCUGCAGAGAUCGUCACGCCGGAUAUCCGAGAGCGUCUGAUUCGACUGCAGCAUGAGAAUACGAUGUUGAAACUGGCGCAGGAGGGAUCAGAUAACGAUCAGAUCGCUCUGCUCAAGAGUUUACUAGAGGACGCCAACAGCAGAAAGAACGAACUGGAGAGUGAGAACAGGCUGGCGAAUCAGAGGUUAUUGACGGGUCAGUCUCAGAUGGAGGAGCUGCAGAAAUCUCUUCAGGAACAUGGAUCUAAAUCGGAGGAUUCUGUUUUACUGAAGAGGAAAUGUCAGGAGCAUCUUGAGAAGUUAAGAGAUGCCACUAACGAGCUUCAGGAGAAGAGUGUUUUAAUUGAAGAUCUGGAGAACAAACACACUUCUGGUGCUGAGAAGAUUGAGGAACUGGAGGACGCCCUGAAGAAGAAAGAUGAAGACAUGAGACAGAUGGAGGAGAGAUACAAGAAAUACCUUGAGAAAGCCAAGAGUGUGAUCAGGACUCUGGAUCCUAAACAGAAUCAGGGUUCUGCUCCUGAAGUUCAAGCGCUGAAGAAUCAACUGCAGGAGAAAGACCGAAUGCUGCACUCACUUGAGAAAGAAUAUGAUAAGACAAAGUGUCAACGAGAUCAAGAAGAGAAGCUCAUCGUAUCUGCCUGGUACAACAUGGGGAUGGCUCUACAGAAGAAAGCAGCAGAAGAUCGUUUGGCCAACACGGGUUCGGGUCAGUCUUUCCUCGCCCGUCAGAGACAGGCCACCAGCACACGCCGGUCGUAUCCGGGUCAUGUGCAGCCCACCGCAGCCAGGUAGAGCUUCCUGCCUCAGCUGUCGCCAUGGCUACCAUCAUCACAGUGGCGCUGUAGCCAAUCGGGACACUCGCCGUCUUACUCUCCUCUGAUGCCUGACACGCGUCCUCCUCUUCCUCCUCUGGUGUUUUUGACUGUCAGUCAUGUAGUUUCCGGGUGUCACUUUACACCGCAGAUUCCACAUCGCUGACACACUCGUCUGCGUCCAUAUGUGUGUGUGUUUGUCUGAAAUGACGCAGAGGUGUUUGUGUCAUGUUAAGUGUGUUAAAAUACUUUCUCAGAUCUCGGUUUAACGUUCAGAGUCGACAGCACGUCAUCCAUUCAUAGUUCGGGUCAGACAUGUCUACUUCUGACUCAACCAAUAGUGUGAGUUUGGGGCGGGACUAUCCGUUUGACCGUCCAAUGGAAGAUGCUGAGUGUAAUGUUACAGAAACACUUUGUCUUGAAUGAUCGUUGAGAGCGAACCGAAUCAAAACAGAGAUUAUUGGGAGUAUUUGUGACCGCUGUUCUGUGAUCAGUGUUUGUUUGCUUUAAGAGCAUCUCUGCUUAAACACCGUCUAGACGUCUGUAUUAUGUUUAUAGUGUGUCAGGAUUCAUACCCCAUCAGAACACACACACACACACACACACACACACACACACACACAUAUUUAAUGAGCUUCCUAUUAUGUUACAUUUAUACUUUAUAUCUGUGAUAUCUGUGCAUUGAAAGAGUUACAAUGUUGCACAGAAAUGAUGCAGAGCUUUCUUUAGAUAAACACGACUGGCGUGAGUUACUCGCCGUUGUCAUGGCGAUUCUGUACAUCUGUCACGAGCGUUACGUGUCUUAAUUCAGUCAUUGGAUGCUGAUGUUUGAUGUCGCAUUCAUUCACGAUGCCUUAAUGGACACUCGCUGGACUGCUGAGACCGUCUGUCAGGUGUGUUUCUGUCUGUAGUGAUGACAUCACAGGUCACAUGACUCUCACAGGAUCAGUAACGACGCUUCAUGAACCUUCAGAUCACUUCAGUGGACAUUUCUUCAUGAGGAAGUCACGUUAUAUCAAGGCCACGUCCACACUGAUGCAUGUUCAUUUAAAACGCGUCUUUCCGGACUAUAGCAACGAACCGCUUGCCUAGGCGCGUAUGCGCAAACCUAGUUGUCAUGGCAACUGAAUAAACAAAACAUCACCUGGUCAAUAUUUACUGGUCAAGAGCAAGUCAGACAGAAACUAAAAGAAGGAAAGACAUUAUAUUUAUUUCUAUUAAAAUUUAACGAAAGUACAUUUAAAUUUUGUGCGAUCUACCAGCAUUGCCUUUGCGAUCGACGUAUUGGGCACCCCUGAAUUAAAGUUUCGAUUGUUGUGAUUAUUUUGCUCAUAUUUGUGGAGGGUACCGUAUAACCCGCAGUUCGAACAGAAUUGUAGGCUUAUUACAUUUGGAUGAAAAGAUUAUAAUUUUUUUUGGUUUGUAAUUAAACGUGCACCGAUGAAUCAGUCACAAUGUUAAAAAAAACACAUGUCAUGUUGACUGCGUGUUUGACUGACAGCUGUCUGUCUCCUCUCUUCCAGUGAUGUUAAAGCAUGACCAGCAGGGGGCGGGGCUUCAUGACUCAUAUUCAUUAGUUCAUGCUGCUGAAUUUAACCUGUCCAUACACUAACUAACCCGUCAGCCUGCCGUGAGCUGUCAAUCAUUCUGACCUGUGAUCAGCCUUAUCGACUGUUACAGUUUAAACAUGAAUAACUUCCUGUUUGCCUGCCGGAAAUGCACCUGAAUGACUCUCACGUCUCUGUAUUGAUUUUAUAUAUUAUCUAUUAAAUGAUGUGGUAUCAGUAUUUUACCCCUGUAGUUUAUGAUUGACAUGAAUACUUCAGAAGUUACUGAAAGAGCCGCUGUGUAAUAGCUGUUAAUAUUUAUGCUUUAUAUGAAUGAUAUUAUGGCUUGUUAAACGUCUGUACCAGUGUUAUUCAGCAAACACACUUUAUACUCAUUUUUAUGCAAAAUCAUGAAGUGCUUUUCACUUGAGUUAUUCUGAUGAUACAAUGUUCCAUUCUCAGCUGCGUCUCUGCUUUAUUAACUGUUACAAUGAGACAUUCAUGCAGCACAACGAUCAUCACUAUAUACAUUAUAUACAUCAAAGCAGUGUUUUAUCCUCCUUGUGUUGGUUUUAAUAGGAGAUUGAUUAUAUUUCGAGGGACUGAACGCACUGAGGUCAGAGGUUAAACUUCUCUGGACCGUCCACAUCCAGAGAAACCCCUUCACUGACCUCAUGACCUCAUCAGAGGUGUCUUCAGUCGUGUGUUUUUAAUCUUUAUAGCUGAAGCAGCAGAAGCUCAGAGUUUUCUAUGGCUUGUAUAGGAUCUGUACAUACCGUAUGGAGCAUCGAUGGAUCUUUACAUUCAUUUCAUGUGUCUGUAUUAAACUGUUGAUGGAUUUGUGCUUCCACAACUGUACAGCUGAAGUUCAAGUUGUAAAUAAAGCUUGUAUAAAACACUCCUGAUUCAGAAGAAGUUCUGU